GAUCUCUCUUUUCGCCCAUGUCUGUCCUGGCGGGAGCAGGCAUGCAAUUCGUUCCAUGCAUUGCCGAGUUUUCUACGGUGGACUGACUGCUGCAUACGGAAGCCGGAAGGAGACAGGAGAAAAAAAUUGACACGAGAUCUAAAAUAUCCAUCAAAUAUCCACUUUGUCAUGAAAUCCAACAAACGCAAACAGUGUGACUCACUUACGAUUAGCCGCAUCCAUACAGACGAAAUAACCGUGACUCGAGCUAUUGUAUGUACAUGGCAG